AUGUUUGUCCUCGGCAUUUUCUUCGUGCUCGUCACCACAACAACAGCUUGCUGGACGCGUACCGGACUUUCCCCAUGGCGUCUAUCACGCUUCAAAUAUCUCGUCACAUUCGGCGACAGUUACACCGAUGAAAGCAGACUCGAGUACUUCAUCAAGCACGGUGGUGUCGGACCACCUCCUGGGACCAUACUCGCUGAGAGUGCUCUGAUCCGACCCUGGGCCCGGUACGUGGCCCAAUAUGCGGACUCGCUAAGCUUGCACAACUAUGCUGUCGCUGGGGCAGUUUGCUCGAAUGAAAUAACGCCCCGACACUUCACGACCAUUGCAUCUGAUUUCCCCUCGGUCUUGGAGUACGAGAUUCCGGCAUGGCUGGCGGAGCACUCUCUUUCGCCCAGUGGAAAUGGACGACGGUCCCACGACUUGGGCACCAACACUGUGUUUGCCAUACUGAUUGGGACGAAUGACCUUGGAAAUGCUGCAUUCCUGACCGACUCUCAAGUCUCCGGACGACUAUUGCACCAUUACACCGAGUGUGUUUAUCGUGCCUUUGACGCCAUCUAUGCUGCUGGCGGCCGUAACUUCGUUCUCAUGAACACUGUGCCUUUACACUUGGCACCACAGUACGCUGCUGAUGGAACUCCUGCAACACGUUACUACCCGGAUAAGCCGUCAAACCUGACACAGGUUGCUGCUAGGAUCCAGCGGGACACCGCCAGCGUCAACGAGAUCUUCAGAUACAAGACACCCUAUGAGCUUCUCAUCGGCCAAAGAUACCCUGGCUCCGACUUUGCACUGUUUGAUACUUGGCGAAUGUUCACCGACAUCUAUACCAACCCUCAUCUCUAUCUCAAUGGGACCGAAGAACUCACCGUGGAUGACUGGUCGCAUCAUUGCAGCGUGGCAGGGACAGAUUGUGUCCAUCGCCACAACAACACUUCUCCAGACUCAUUCAUGUGGUGGGACGAAUUGCAUCCCAGCGAGCAGGUUCAUCGUGUUCUGGCUGGCGAAAUCGUCAACGUGUUGGACGGCUCAUCGGAAUAUGCGACAUAUUGGUCCAGCAGAUGA